UGAUCUCUGAGCUAAGAUUUUUACGUGAAGACUAGAACUUCAGUAAUGCGAUCAUCUAAUUCAUUUUAAUUGUAACCAGGAGGCCUUUACAAUCAAAUUACCGGUUAUAGGAAUUAAUGAUUAUUGAGAUCCCUACUAGGUAGGACUAUCAUUAGAACAUUUUUCGGAUCAAUACACUGAUUUCUCCGAUAUUGGAAUCAAUUAUAUCGGGCAAAAGUUUCUAUUUAGUUUCAGGCAGAAAAUUAUUGUAAAUGAUCAUAGAGAUGGACUGAUUAUUGGUAAAGAACUUAUAUAUAUAGCGGAUAAUUGCAUCCUACGGCCCUAUCACAUUCCAAUGACGCAGUGUGGAUUGGAUUAUUAAGGAAUGACUUGUCUAAUAAAUGAUGCCCAAUUAGGAGGUGCCGACAAGAUCUCCUCACAUGAGAUAAUCAACGGUUUCAUUUUUGAAGAAGCACGGAGAUUUGAAUAAAGUAAAAUACAAAGCUGAGUAACAACUGGAUAUAAAAUUACUAAUUUUAGUAUUGGAUUUAAUCCUAAAUGAAUUGGUGUCAUUUGAUCAUGUUUAAACAUUGGGCAUUGCUAUAAAAGUCUGGAUCAUGGCCGACAAUCUUACUGACACUAGUACGUAUGUCACUGAUGCAGCAACUAAUACGUUAUAUGUAACUGAAGCAAAUACUAUGCAAGAACAGAAGUUGGAUAUAACUCUCCACGUUUUGUCUUCAGUACUGUUGUUGAUCAUCAUUGUACUUGUUCUAAUGGCCAACAUUAUUGUGAUUGUAGCUAUAGGGAAACAUGAUUAUCUAAGGACUUUAUCUAAUACCUUUAUCCUCUCGUUGGGAGUAGCUGACUUACUAGUGGGGCUUCUUGUGAUGAUACCAGCCAUGUUCAAUCAAGUGAUGGAAAAAUGGAUUUUCCCCGAGACAUUCUGCACAGUGUGGAUAGCAUUUGAUGUGAUGCUAUGUAGCGGUUCUAUCUUGAGUGUAUGUCUGAUUAGUAUAGACCGUUAUCUUCUCAUUAUGAACCCGCUCAAGUACAAAACAUUCAUGACACCUUUCAAAGUCGUUGCUUGCAUCACUGCCGUUUGGGUUAUCACUGCCUUCAGUUCCUUCUUGCCUAUCUUCAAUGGUUGGCAUAGGAGAGAAAACACAUUUAGUGAUAUUGUGGCUGGCCAAUGCGUACUACAGACUAGUCUAACCUUUGCUCUCACUGCUUCUUUUUUAACGAUUCUGGUACCAAUUAUAGUGACUACAAUGCUCUAUGGAGCUAUAUUCAAGGCAGCAAGACGACAUGCUCGCCUCAUUCACGCAGUCAAUGCCCUGAUAUGGCAUAAAAGACCAAAGAACAUAGUAUCAACCACCAAAGAUGUAUUUUCCAGCAAGGCAUCGUUUACACUUGGGAUACUACUAGGUGCAUUUGUCAUCACUUGGCUGCCCUUUUUCACUGUGAACCUAAUUGAUGCCUCGUGUGAAUGUGUGGAUUCCACCCUAUUCAGCUUCAUUGUAUGGUUGGGAUAUUGCAACAGCCUUAUCAAUGCUAUCAUAUACCCUUUACUCAUGAAAAACUUUAGAUACGCAUACGGGAAAAUGUUUCCAUGCCUCAAGAGAAUAGAAAUAUUCCAAGCCAACAUCCAUCCAACAUUUUCUUCCCGAACCAAGGCGUCGGUGAGGAAUAUGGAGUUGUUAUCUAUGGAUGGGUCAAGGAGGGGUUCUGUGAUAGACAAUUACAAAGUUAAUACUAGACACGGGGUCUUUAACACUGAAUCAGUUGUAAAACAAUGGAAGUUGCACACGAAGAACAAAAAUAUAUGCUAAAUAUGAAAAAUCAAUAUGGUCAUAAAAUGCAAUAUAAUGUUUUUUCAUAAAAUAUUCCUACUAAAUGGAAUGUUCAAAAAUAGAAAGGGUACUAUACUGUUCUUUAAGCGAAAGAAACUCAGUCUUCCAUAAAACUCUUGACCAAUCAUGCACGCUUAUUGUAUUGAUGUCUUUACCACGUUGUAUUGUGAAACGUGGCAAUUUUAGCUGCAUAGUUGCACAGACUUAGACGAUGGAUGGUCAUGAUCAUUGAAGACUUUUGCAUUUGAUGAUGAAUCUCGGAAUGGACUCAUUAGAUAUCUUACCUUACGUACAACAAGCUUGGUUGUUUCAUGGGCUUCUCUUGGAAGCACAUGGUGUUUUCACAAUGAAUCGCAGAAUUGACAAAUUAUACUCAUUUUGGGGGGUAAGAGUCGAUCAUUGAUGAACUCAGAAUUCCAGAAGAAUGUAGAAAUAAUAGAAGUAAUGCCAAUGGUUAUCAAUGUCUGAUGUGGCCUACCUAAGCUGUUUAAAAAGUAUUUUUAUUUUGCAGUGUGCAAAGGACAAGUCUCGGUUUGGAGAAAAGUCUAAUGGGCUAAUAAUUUUUUUAUGAAAGAUAUAGAAAUAACACCCAAAUUGAAUUAUGAAUAUUGAAAAUACAAUUAAAUCUACAAUAUGUAAAAAUAUCAAAAUUGUCCGAAGCAUGCGUACGUGCAGUAAACCGAUUCGAUAAAUGACAAAUGUUGGUUUGGAGAACAAAGUUCAUAAAUCUACUGCGCUAAUAAUUGUGUUAUGAAAAAUAUAGAAAUAACACUAAAAGUAAAUUAUGGAUAUUCAAAAGAGGACAUUUAAAUCUACAAAAUGUAAAAAUAUCAAAAUUGUCCAAAGCAGGCGUAACAUGCAUUUGACUGAUGAACUUUGUUCUCCAAACCGAAACUAGUCCUUUCGAAGUUUUUAAAAUAAAGAAACGCAGAUUAAUGCAAAUAUAUCUUUGUUAGUGUUUUAUUCAAUGUUCCAACAUAAAGAAACGUAAAUUAAUGCAAAUAUAUCUUUGUUAUGAAUUGAGACCAAGCGGGUAGUAUACCAGAUAUAGCAAUUACACUCAGAAACAACAAAUUUCAAAUGAGUAGAACUACUUCCUCCUGUGAUGACAGCACCCGUGCCCAGCUAGUUCUUACAAGUCUGGUGUUGAGGAUAAAGAAGGGAUGGGGCGGGGUCCAGAGACUUGAAGUAAGACUUAACUUUAAAACAGUAUUACUAUUGACCUGUGCCAUGACAUUAAUACUAUGUAGUUAGUUACAAUGAAAAAAGUAAAGAUAAUUACAGGGUGACCCAAAACUGCUACCCUCCAUAAGCACUCAUACAAAAAAUCAACUUUGAAUUUUAAAGAAAAUGCACUUCCGUUCAAGCAAGUUCUCACAUAAAAUUGUUAAAAAUAUGUUUGCAUAUGUACAUUAAAUUGAGCAAAUUAUCAUGAUUUGGAGACAUGAUGGAAAUUUGAUUUAUUAAAGGCUCUUACGUUUCUAUUUAGCAACAACACUGGUAUUGUCAUUGCUUUUUCUCUUUAGCCUCUUAUUUGCAACACUUGAACUGAUAUCGUUUCUUUUUAUAGUCUUUUUAUGAGUUUUUGUGACUGGUUCAGAUUUCCUCCUAGCCUUUUUUCUUUUUCGUUUCUGAGCACUUUGGGUUAUUUGAGGAUUUUGGAAUACAACUUUAGGUAUUUUUGAUGGAGGCUCUUCAUUUGACUUGAAUUCAUUUUGAGCAACAUUGGAUUCAUGUUUUGCAGUUGAUUUCCUAGAUUUUGAUCCCUUAUCUUUGAUAUCAAUUGUGUCUUUAUGCUGAGCAAUUUCCUUAUUAUACUUUCGUUUAGUGGCAUGCUUUUUCUGCCCGUCAAAUGCUAGAGUUCCAUUUUCCGUUUGAACAUCUAAAUCAAUAUCCACAGCACCAAUCUUUGAAAAUAAUGCAACAAAGAAGCCAUUUGUUAAAUCAUCUGCAUGCAUUCGGGCACAUUUCUCUGCCCCCGCAAAAAUAUCUAGUCCCCUGCGUGGCCAAUCAGGGAGCACAGUGUCGAGUGUAAAUGAAUCACGGUGAUCACGUAGAACAGCUGCAACAACAUCUUCAUUCUCUUGUUGAUGCACAGAACAUGUGGAAUAAACAACCU